GAGGAGACCAGCUGUGUUUGUGCCCAGAAGAUCACUAUCAAGUGCCUACCAGUCACAGAUAGACAAGGCCAGACAGUCCUGUUUGGGAUCAUUGUCAAAGUUUGACAAGUCUUCCUACAUCUUGUCCGCUUAUAUCCCCAGUCCUGCUAGAGAUUAUUUCAUUGCUACUAGAGCUUUCAAUAUUGAAAUAUCCAAGAUAUCUGCUCAAGAAUCACAAGUGAAUAAGCAACUGAAGUCUACUAUUGGUGUUUCAUCUAAUGAUUUGAGAUUCAAAUUCUGGGAAGAGAUGCUCUUCAAGAUUUUUCAAAAUCCAUAUAGUGAUCAAGUCAUUGGUGAACCAGUUGGUUUAUUACUUAGGGAUGGUAUUCGAAACGAAUUCAAUCUUAGUCCAGAGGGUUUCAAUCAAGUCUUAUCAACAAGGAAGCACUUCUUAUCCAAAUGAGCUGUGUUCUUAUGGCGAAGGUCUUUAUUCGCAAUUGAAUUACAUUGUUCAAAAUUUGUUGCUAUCUAAUCAGUUAUCUCCAUCCACCAUCAAGUUAGUCGAGGAAAGUUCUGAGUUACAAAACUUGAUCACUGAGAUCUCGGCACAUAUAGGGCAGUCCACUGGGAUUGCCUCCAUAGUUAUUGGUACUAAAUACUAUGCUCAAAAUAAGAACCAGAUAAAUCUACCAAUUGAUAUAAUGACAAAACAUGACUUGUCCCAGGAGUCGCUUUUGAGGCUAUUUCAAGGUCAUGAAGAUCAGAAAGCAGAAAUUGAAGCUAAGUUGAAAGAUGUAAUUUAUGAAACUUGUGUUGUUGCUAAUGAUCAUCUCUUAACUGCCAGGGAGAAAUUGAAAGCAGUGAAGGAAGAAAUUUCCAAAAUUAUCUCUACAACUGAGGACGAGUUAAUUUUGAGGAAAUCCAAAACUUGGAAAAAACAAGUUCCUGACUGUCUUUUCUUGGAGAAGAAUGAUUUUGAUAUAUUAUCAAAAAACAUUGAGAAUAACUAUUGGAAACUGGUAUGGAAUUCAUAUAGAAACUACCAAAAGAGACAGAUAUAGUACAUCAUUCUUAAUUCAUUAUUUAUUCCCACAAAACUGUGGGCAAUCUAUUUAUUA